UGUAACUGUAAUCGGAGACACACCAACCAUGGCCGACACUAUCUGCAGAACACUUCGCGACGGAGGUUUAGAAGGAGAACACGCGCCUGCUCUCACUAUCAAGGACUCCAUAGCUUCACCCUUCGGUCUUGAUGUCUUCACACACGUGCUCACUCAGCUCUCCAACUAUAUUUUGGCGGGAAAAUCUCAGUCACGAGGUCUCGUGAUUGUUGCCUUUUGUCGGAGUCCGUCGUUUUACGUGGAUUUGUUGAAGAGAAGAGGAAUUGACGUCACUUCAGCUAAUAAAUGGAUUCAGAUAUUGGAUUGUUAUACGGAUCCGCUUGGUUGGAAAGUUCGGUUAAAUAUUGAGGAUCUUUCCUGGGAAGCUUCAGCUUUGUCUACUUUUUGUAAGGAUGUGAGAGAUUUAGAUAAGUUGUACUCUUCAAUUAUUAAAUUGGGUCAAGGAUUGGUUGGACAAGGGAAAGGUCGUUUCUUUGUUGCCAUUGACUUGGUAAGUGAAAUGUUAAGACUUGCAUCUAUAACAUCAGUUGCAGGCCUUCUAAGCAACCUUCGUAGCCAUGAUCAAGUUUCUAGUAUCUUUUGGUUGUUACAUUCAGAUCUUCAUGAAGCCAGGGUCACCGCUGUUCUUGAAUAUUUAUCCUCAAUUGUUGCCAGCCUGGAACCAUUUACAAGAUCUACAAUUGCACAAAGAGGUGAUUUAGAGAAUCUCUCUUUGCUUGAGCAGAACUUUAGGAAAGGAAAGUUUAAUGUUCGGUUCAAGCGAAGGAACGGGCGUGUUCGAGUUAUGUGUGAAGAAUUACUUGUGGAGCUGUCAGGCAUCAACUUUACGUCUGUUUCGUUGUCUGAAGAUGAAAUAAUUAAUCAACGCCUUUUGCCAAAGGUGCAGUUCAAUCUUGAGCUAUCAGAGAAGGAGCGAACUGAAAGGGCCAAGGUUGUGCUUCCAUUUGAGCACCAAGGAAAUGGUGAACCAAUACAAAUUUAUGAUGGUCGAAGGUCUCUCAAUGAGGAGACACUUGUUUCAACUCAGAGUUUGCAGACAGAUGAGAGCUCUGACAAGGGUCAGAUAAUAUAUUUUCGGGAUUCAGAUGAUGAGAUGCCAGAUUCAGAUGAGGACCCAGAUGAUGAUUUGGAUAUAUAAAAAUGUUUGCCUCGAUCGCUUUUGUGGAUUAAUACCAAAGUUCCCAACUUGCACAACGGAAAGAGAGUUCGCCCACUGGAUUGCAGUCCUCGCAAGUUUUGCAUAAUUCAGAAAUGUAAGGCUCCUUCAUUUGUGAUUAUGCACUUCUUUUUUCUGCCUAUUGAAUAAAAAUAAUAUGAAUUAGGUGCGGUAGUUGAGUCGGCUCUUCCAUUAGAAGCAGCAUCAUUUUAAAAUUUGAGCAGUUUUACACUGGGAAGAUGUCAUGAAGAGUGUCAUUUUGAUUAUCUUUUGAUUGUCUUUCUCGCUCAGCCGUAUCUGUUGGGAAGACAAGUUAGGGACUUGAUUUCUUUGUUAAGAGUAGAGAGUUGGAGAAUUUCCAGAACUUCACCUGAACUUCAAAAAUUACCAGUUGGCCGAAGUGCUGAGCUGUAAAGUGGAAUUACAAAUCCAAAAAGUUGAAGGAUAUGUAUGUGGAAAUUUAUUGAAUGUAUUUUUUUUUUUUUUU